ACGUAGAUGCUACAUUCCCCCAUCCGGCUGUGUGUGUGCGUGUGGCUUGUUACUGUAAAGGUUGGUAAGGCUAUAGCAACUAAAGAUGAGUGGUCUAUGCCCAGGGGCGGACUGACAACUCAUGGGCCCCUGGGCAAUAGGGGAUCAUGGGGCCCUUGUGUCCUUGCCCAAACUCAAAAGGCCUAUGAAAAAGGUACCAGGGGCAUCUCAUGGGGCACCCUACUGACCCCAGGCUCUCGGGCAGUGCCCAAAUUUCCAAAUGGUCAGUCCGUCCCU